CGCAUCCGUGCUUUGCUCAUAUCCAGUAUGCUUAUGUUACGCGUCUAGAAUUUCCAGAGAACCGCAAGCUUAGAAUAUAUGGCAGCAAUGAGCUGGCAGUCCGUGCUACCAUGUUCUAUCUGAGCAAAGUACUGUUAUGGACAAGAGUGAUGUGAAUAUGCAAAGUGAGGAAUGCAUGUUAAAGGUAUGAUGGCUGUUCAUGUUUUGCGAUCAUAAUAUUGCCUCCAUUCGCGACAUGGAGAACAUCUUGAAAGAAAUUCGGGACAAGGGUCACAGUUUAACUCGCCAUAGCCGUUCAAGCCACCAUAGCAUCAAAAGAGGCAAGCAUGGCAGAGAUAGAUACCAAACUUUGGCGAGUGAUGACGACGGAGAAGCUUCGAGCUUGCUGCAUGAAGACAUUCCGGAGACCGGGAUUCAACCUGUUCCGAAAACCGAAAGUCAGCACAUCUCGAGAACCGAAAGCCGAUCCAGACGAAAAUCAAAAUUGGCGCAAUAUGAAUAUGAUGUCGGUAAUACCGUGAAGAAGAAUCCAAUGGUCUGCUCGGUGAGGGCGAGAUCGACCUUCGACAAGGGACAUGAUCCGAAAGAAGUAAAUCUUUAUUUCUACACGAGAAUACCGAGUGCUCUGUACGACCAUGCAUCCGACUGGAACAUGGACAAAAAGUUCAAAACAUUGAAGAAGUUGAAGCACGAAAACCUUAUGAGGUGUUAUGACUAUUUCAUGUCAAAUGUGCAGUGUAUCGUUGCGUACCAGUAUAUUCCCGGAGACCACCUCUUGAGUCACCUUCGAAACCCGCUCGGUGAUCCGUUUAGCGAGAUGACUCUGCAAACUACUAUGAAACAAAUUUUCGAAGGUGUACAGUUCUUACACGAGAAAGGUAUUGUGCAUAAUGGGUUAUGGCUUUCGAACUUCAUUGUUUACAGCCGGAACAAUAGACGGGACACUGAGAGGCAUAUCAAGAUCAAGAUUGCUGAAUGGGACUAUGCCAUGCAAAUCAAGCACAGUGAUGACACAAGCCUACAUUAUCUUUCGUCCUAUCACAUGUGUAGGAAUGGGAGACCAUUCUGUUCAUUCCCUGCAGAAGUGUUUAAGUCCGCUCUCCCGAAAGCGGAAAGAACAGGGGGUGAAGGCUGCAAAGG